AUGUCAGGCCCCUCCUUUAGACCUGUGGCCUACCUCUCAAAACAGCUAGACCCAACGCUGUUUCAUGUUACUUUUAUUCAAAACCCUGACUUUUCACUGGAAAGCUGCUCCCCGCUCAAUCCAGCUAUCUUGCUUCCAUCCAAUUCUGACCCUCUUUCCCAUUCCUGUACAGAGACCUUGGAGGAAUUCACACCCCAUUUUACAGGUAUCUCGGAAACUCCUCUUCCUGACCCAGAAGACACCUGGUACAUCGAUGGCAGUUCCAUAUCUACCUCUUCAGGAAGCCGAGUUGCAGGCUAUGCCAUCGUUAAUAACUCUACCAUUCUUGAAAGCAGCCCUCUGCCCCCUAGCACUACCUCACAAAAGGCAGAACUUAUAGCUUUAACUAGGGCCUUAAUUCUAGCAAAGGGUCGGAAGAUUAAUAUUUAUACAGACUCAAAAUAUGCCUAUCAUAUUCUCCAUUCUCAUGCAGCAAUCUGGAAGGAGCGUGGCUUCCUGACCACCAAAGGGACUCCCAUUACUAAUGCCUCACUUAUUCUUAAACUAUUAGAAGCUGCUUCCCUUCCCCAGCAGGUAGCGGUCAUCCACUGCAGAGGACACCAGACAGGAUUGGAUGCCAUUACAGUCGGCAAUUCAAAAGCAGACCGGGAGGCAAAGCUAGCAGCCCAGAGACAACUCCAGGGACAACUUCCAGCUCCCUUGCUACUGGUAUUGCCUUCAAUUCAACCCUCUUAUACCCCACAGGAGCUCGAGGAACUUACGCACCAGGGAGCCUCCCAGGAAGCACAGGGAUGGUGGUCCCUGGAAGGACGAGUUGUUCUUCCCGAGGCACAAGCAGACAGCUUUCUUUCCCAGGUUCACCAGGCGCUGCACAUUGGAUACAAGCCUCUCUCCCACCUUCUUAAACCUUUAAUCCAUUGCCCUAGCCUAACUACUCGACUAAAGGCUAUUACCCAAGCCUGCCCCACAUGUUCUCUUACCUCCUCACAGGGUGGUCUCCGACCAGCUGCAUUCCCCACACACCAAGCACGGGGACAUACCCCAGGGGAAGACUGGCAGAUAGACUUCACUCACAUGCCCAGAUGUAAGCGGCUGAAAUACCUUCUAACUAUGGUUGAUACCUUUUCAGGAUGGAUUGAAGCCUAUCCCACAACGUUGGAGACUGCUGACACUGUUGCCUCUGUCCUUAUUAAAGAAAUUAUUCCUAGGUUUGGCUUACCCAGGUCACUUCAGUCUGACAAUGGACCUGCUUUCAUCUCCAAAGUGACCCAACAGGUGGCAUCCUCUCUAAACAUCCAGUGGAAUCUUCACAUUCCUUAUAGACCUCAGUCUUCUGGAAAGGUUGAAAGAGCUAAUGCGCUCCUCAAAACACAACUUACUAAACUUUCUCUAGAGCUCCAGCAAUCCUGGCCAGAACUGUUACCCCUGGCGCUCACCCGCUUACGUGUUUCUCCCCGCAGCCCUACUUUCCUCAGCCCCUUUGAGUUAAUGUAUGGAAGACCUUUUCUCCUAGGUAAUUUCCCUACUGACAAUGCCAAGACUCCACUAAUAGACUACCUUCCUGUCCUAACCUUUCUUAGGCACAUGCUGCGCCAACAUGCUGACCAGUGUCUCCCUCAGCCUCAUCAAGGCCCCUUUCCCACUCCCCCAAUUUUGCCUGGUGAUCAAGUGUUUCUCAAGACCCUUAAUCCAUCUGGUUUACACCCUAAGUGGACAGGCCCUCACCAGGUUCUGCUGACAACCCCCACCGCAGUCAAGCUCAAUGGACAGCCCCAGUGGAUUCACCUGUCAAGAAUAAAAAGGGCUCCUGUUCCUGCCCCUUCUAUACCAACCCUGACCUCCAGGUACACCUGUUCCCCCCUCGGGCCUACCAAGGUAAGGCUGUCUCGCAUCCCUGAAGAUCCGGGUGAGUAAAACUGAGCUAACUGCUCUCCUCCCCAAAGACCUCACUAUCUCAUCCCUUAGGACACCUCCAAGCCAUGGACAUCCAAUCUUUUCUUUCCAGUAAUAUAUUUGCUUUUCAUCUUUGUUCAGCCCCCUGCCUGAGAAGACUUCCUCCAGACUUCAUCUAAGAGACUCGCUUCUUGCAGACAUCAUGGAACUGGCAGACCUGGAAGCAGUCACCUUCUACUAGGUCACCCCUCUUCCUCCCCCCCCCUUUCCUUUUUCAGCCAUGCUUCUCCACCAUGCUGGGUGGGGGCAACAGUUCAGUCAAAUUAACUUCUUUUCCUGCCUGAAUAGUGCAUGGUGUUCUUUUCAUCAGCUAAUUUCCUAACCACCCCUUUUUUGUGAACUGAACUGCCUUGACACUAUGCGAGAUUUUUCACCGAUACCAUUUCUGGCCUUCACAUCCACGUCCACACCACUUCUCUACUCUGGUUUCCGUCAAUGCCUCAUAAAACUUCUCCAGACUUCGUCCAAGAGACUUGCCUCCUCCAG